GCUUUGUAGAUCCUGGCGUUGUAGCUAACGUUGGAAACAUUUCACUUCCUUCUUCUAAAUUUUGAUAAAAAAUGUACAAGUAUGAAAUGUGAAAACGUUUAGACAGAUAAGGUGUAAGGAAAACAAAAUGAAAUAUGCGUUAUUUCAUUGAUUUAUUUUGUGUUAUUUUUCCAUUGCUAUCUAAUGGAUGUCGAGGCUUAGAUAAUAUUGCUCUAAAUAAAACAUUUCACAUGUUGUCUACUUAUCCUGGAUAUGAAGGGAAGGAAUACAGAGCAGUGGACGGCAACAGAAGUCAGAACAUAAAGCACUGUACACAUACAAAUCCAGAAAAUAAAAACCCAACUUAUGUAUAUGUUGAUAUUGGAUAUAUUGCUAACAUCUAUAACGUCACGAUUUACUAUAGAGAACAAUAUGAACAAAGACUUGACGGAUAUUCACUUUAUUACUCCGAAAAAUUGUUCAAUGAGUUAGAUCUGCAACAAUGGAAUCUAUGUUAUAAGGAUAAGCCAGUUAGCGAUAAACCGAAUGGAGUAGUAUCACAAGUUUGUAAAGGCACAGCACGUUAUGUUUUAGUUUACCAGAACAACACGUCAGAUCCAAAUGAGAAUCCCAUUCUUGAAAUUUGUGAAAUAGAAAUUUUUGGUUGCAAAUCGGGACAAUUCAUUAAGGGAGGAGAAUGCAAAGCUUGUCCUGGAACGUUCUGUGAAAUGUGUGGUACAGAUGGGGUAUGUUUAGAAUGUACAAACAAAACGUACGGGUACCAGUGUGAGAAGCAUUGUUCUGGAACGUGUGUUGGAGGAUGUAACAUCAGUACAGGUCAAUGUUAUGAAUGUACGAGCAAAACAUACGGGUACCAGUGUGAGGAGAUUUGUUCUGAAACGUGUGUUGGAGGAUGUAACAUCAGUACAGGUCAUUGUUACGGUUGCAAUCCGAGGCAAUUCAGUAAAGGAAAAGAGUGCAUACCAUGUCCUGGAACGUUUUGUGCCGACUGUAGUACAGAUGGAAUAUGCUUAGAAUGUACGAACAAAACAUACGGGUACCAGUGUGAAAAGAAUUGUUCUGAAUCGUGUGUUGGGGGAUGUAACAUCAGUACAGGACAUUGUUACAGUUGUAAUCAGGGGCAAUUUAUAAAGGGAGGAGAUUGCAUACCGUGUCCUGGAACGUUUUGUGCAGAUUGUAGUACAGAUGGAAUAUGCUUAGAAUGUAUGAACAAAACAUACGGGUACCAGUGUGAAAAGAAUUGUUCUGAAUCGUGUGUUGGGGGAUGUAACAUUAGUACAGGUCAAUGUCAAGCAUGCAGCCCAGACAAAUUUGGUUUCUUUUGUAACGAGACGUGUGGACAAUGUAAGGAAGAACCAAAUAAAGACAGUUGUGAUGACAUCACUGGAACCUGUGUCAGUGGAUGUCAGAGGGGAUUCUUUGGAAGAUUAUGUGAUGAGGGGUGUAAUGGAACAUCAUUUGGAUAUAACUGUAGAGAAACCUGCAGUGAAACUUGUAAAUGGACCUCAGAUGGUACCCGACUGUGUAAUAGUUCAAUAGGUCAUUGUUAUAGUUGUGUGUCAGGAAAAAGAGGGGUUUAUUGCAAGGAAGAUUGUAUGGCCAUGACGUAUGGUGAAAACUGUUGGCACACAUGUGGGCACUGUUUGAACGGAUCAGGAUGUAACUCUGUUAGCGGAGCAUGCGCAGAGGGCUGUGAUGCUGGAUAUCAAGGAAUGAACUGCAACGAAACUUGCGAAAACAAAACAUUUGGUAGCAAUUGCAGUGAGAUAUGUGGUCACUGUCAUAAUGAUACAGCAUGUGAUCAGUUCAGCGGGUCAUGUGACUCUGGUUGUGAACCUGGGUAUCAGGGAUUGACCUGCAAUAAGACCUGCGGACUUUGUCGUCAGAACACUGACUGUGACCAGUUCAAUGGGACGUGUUCGAAUGGAUGUCAGGAAGGAUACCAGGGGGAAAUCUGCAACGAAACAUGUAAUGCUGGUUAUUAUGGAGAAGACUGCAAUCAAACAUGUAAUGAAAACUGCGCAGAAUCAACAUCCAUCUCUACUUGUCAUCACGUGACUGGGGAAUGUCUAAUUGGUUGUCAAGAUGGCUGGAUAGGAAAAUACUGUGAGACAGCUUGUUCUAACGGGACUUUUGGACAGAACUGCGCUUGGAAAUGUAACGAAUGGUGCUCGGGUGACUCGCAGUCAUGUGACCCACGUGACGGAUCGUGCUUGAAUGGUUGUAUACCUGGUUAUGGUGGAUCACAUUGUAACAUGUACUGUGAUGAAGGAAGCUAUGGCCAAAAAUGUACAAAUUUGUGCGGAAAAUGUUUUCUAAAAGACUGUCAUCAUGUAACGGGACACUGUGCUCAUUCGGAACCCCUCUGUGAGGAUGGAUAUAGGGGAGAUAAAUGUGACACAGAAUGCGAACCUUGUACAUUUGGACCUGACUGUUGGUACAAUUGUAGCGACUGGUGUUACGAAGGAGUCUGCACAUUGAAAUCAAAUGACAGCAAAAAUGAUAUUUCCACGGAAAAGAGCAAAGAAUUGUUUAAAGGUUUCCUACCAAUCUUCGGAGGUGGUGUAUCUGCAUUCUUCGUAAUUCUUACCAUAAUAAUGGCUUACGGAUUAGGCAGAUGGUGUACAGGACAAAAGAUACGAAAACGUAAGAGGAGCAGUCAGUGUGAUACAUUUGGAAUGGAAAUGUCAGACGACACAUUUAACACGUUAGAUUUGUCAGAUUCAAAGGCGUUUCAUAAAGCGGAGAUUCCAGUAAAACGUUUCCAAAGAUUCAUUGCAGAAAAGGCAGAGGAUGACUGUUCAAUUUUUCGAGCUGAGUACUUGCAUAUUAAGGAGGGAAAACAAUAUGAUAAACAAACCAUGGCAGACAAAGACCAGAAUAAAAGAUUUUCUAGAUUUUCUAGAUUUUCGAGAUUUUCCAGAAACUCUAUGAUGUCAGUUUCAGGGGAUAAUUACAAAGUGCUGUUGCCAAGUGAUACAUCGAAUAAUGAAAUCCUGAAUGCACACUUUGUGAAGAAUAUUGAAGGCAAAAUGGCGUACAUUGCCGCGGAAGUGAGUCACUCAACAGCAGCCUGGGAAAUGAUCUGGACAAAAAACGUCUCAAAAAUUGUAACAUUCUCCAAAGGUCAAGGCUGCAAGGGUGACUGGACACCAUACUGGCCAGAAGUAGGUGAGACAGGGACAUUUCAGAAUUAUACUGUCGCAACAACAGAGAAGUGUGACUAUGCUUUUUAUUCCUUAUACUUCCUGGCGCUUCAAAAGGAACACAUGAAAAGGGAGAUAAUCCUUUUCCACUACAAUUCAUGGCCAGAAGAUGAUAGUAUAAUACCCGUGGAUUUCAUUAACUUUUAUUUCCGGGUCUUUCAUUUUCCAGUCCCAUCUUCCAAUAUCAAUGGCCCAGUGCUGGUGCAGUGCAGGGAUGGAUUGGGAAGGACAGGUGUUUACAUAGCCCUGGAUGCCCUUUAUAACCGUGGUCUCAGUCACAAAAAAAUAAAUGUCCUGCAAUUUGUACAGAGAAUGAGAAGAUGCAGACAAAAUAUGAUACAGUCCUUUACACAAUACGUUGUACUUCAUCAUCUCUUGGCGGAAGCUUUCGUUAGCACUUACAACCCUCUCCCACGGAAGUAUUAUAUGCUUGAAAACGAGGAAAAUGAUGCAGUAUCUCAUAUGUUUUCUGCACUUGAAACGAAUAGACCGACCUAUAUGUUGAAUGACUAUUCAAAAGCCUUUCGAAAUAUGGACUUUGUUUCAAAUAUAAAUGUUCUGCCAUUGGACAGAUUUUAUUUCUCUUUUGAAGAUGAAAUGGAAAGUGACAAACUUUUGUUCACGAAUUGUAUUACGGUUCCGUCCUAUCUUACUCGAGACAGAUUCAUUAUUUCACAGCUACCCCUGACAUUCAGUAUGGACAAUACUGUGGAAGUGAUUUCAAAGAUGUCUAGCCGUGUCAUUGUAUUGAUAGGGUCACGUGAGCAGACAACGGAACUUACUCAGAGACUCUUAGAAGGAAUCUCUACAGGUGCAGACAGGCAGAGAGAUUUAAGAAAAACGUCUAUUUCUGAAACGCUUUGUCAAACUGAACUUCUAAUUCAAAACAAGGAGAAGAGCAUCGACUAUUCUCUCUCUAUUUGCGAAAUGUCAUCAUGGCCAAUCAAAUACCCAAAUAACGGGGCCUACACUGAUAUGCUGAAAGUUAUGAAAAUAAUUGUAGAAACCGAUCCAACGAAACCAAUAGUUUUACUUAGUGGGGAUGGCGCCAGCGGAUGUGACGUGUUGUGUACCGUACAUAACUGUUUAGAACAGGUUUUUAUGGAUGACGAAGUGGAUGUUCCCGCCAGAAUACAUCAGCUCCAAAACAGAAGACCGGAAUUCAUAUCAACAAAGGAAGAUUUCAAGAUAAGCCUGGAUGUGUUUCGGAAAUGUCUUUGUAGCAUUAAAAAAGAAUCAAUACGUGUUAUUAGCGACAAAAUGAAGAAGGACCCGUUGAAUUAAACUCUUGUAGUGUACAUAAUGUAAUUCUCAAAUCUUUCCGAUUUUGGAAGUGUUAAAAUUAUAUAAAACUUCUCAAAAAUAAACACAUUGUUCUUAGGCAAUCUUAAUUGCUUGAAAAAAGUUACAAGCAAUGUUUAUGUAUUCUUUUUACCGUUGUUUGUUUUUUUUCUUAACCAUUUAUUAUUGAUAG